AUGUUAAGACAAACUUUGAAACUGGCUAAGCCAACAAGACUUUUCUCAACUUCUGUUAUUGCAAGAAACUCUGUAAAGACUCCUAAGAAGUUUAAAACCGCAAAGAACUUAUCGGAGGUUCAUUCGGAAUAUGAUUUGAUUGGUACAGGUGCUCAGAAGGGAGAGGUUCCAACCGAUUUGGAGCAGGCUACAGGUCUUGAAAGGUUGGAGCUUUUAGGUAAAUUGGAAGGUGUGGAUAUUUUUGAACAGAAACCACUUGACACGUCCAGAAAGGGAACGAUGCAAAAUCCUAUUUUGAUUGACUCUUACGAAAAAUACAGAUAUAUUGGAUGCACAGGCUCUCCAGCAGGAUCCCACAUUGUCAUGUGGUUGAAGCCAACAGUUGGCAAGCCGGCCAGAUGUUGGGAGUGUGGUUCUGUUUACAAGAUAAACUACCUGGGAAAAGAUUAA